GUUUAUUUGAGAUGCUUUAGAUCUGGGAGAAAGAAGAAGGAGAGAGCUGACGGAGCUGAUGGAGUCUGAGCAGCUUCCAGCUGCAUGGUCUCAAAACGGCGAGGGGGAGGAGCUGGGUGGAGUUUCUCCUACAUUAAUGGGUGUGUCUGAAGACCCUGGAGGUGGUCCUUUAAUCCCCAAGACACAACAUGGAAAGGAUGAGACAUGGUCAUGUGACAGCUCUGCUUCCUCCUCUGAGGAUAGCAGCGAUGAUGAUUCUAGAGUGAGGAAGAAGAAGAAGAAGAAGAAGAAGAAGCUAAGGAAAAAAAAGAGCAAGAGAUCGAGCUCGUCAUCAUCGUCUUCCUCAAGCGACUCAUCAGAUAGUGACAGCAGUGAGGAUGAGAAAAAGAAAAAGAAGAAGAAGAAAGAGUGGAGGAAAAGGAAACAGAAUGCAGUGACUACAGUGAUACCUGAGUCAGGCCUUGUCCUGGAAAUUGUGUUAACGCCAUUGAAAGAGCAAAACGACGAGCAAGAGAUGAAGAAAGCAAAAAAAGACAGUGCCAGACGUAAUUAA